UGAUGUGUCUACAGAAGAAGUGUCUGGAGGGGCUUGCUGGUAGCCAUGACAGUCUGAAGUAAUGCUCAGUUGGCAGUAAUAGUUACCGACUUAUCUGAAAGUGUGUUGGAGCUUAAAGGAGUUGUCAUUGAUUACCAAACUUUGUUUCUGAACUUUACGUAUACCAUACACUUGAUAACAGACAAUAGCUACUUAGUUAGAAUUAAUACUUAAGGGCGCCUUCUGGGUUCGUUUUUGGUUCCGUCGACAUGUCUGGGGCCGGAGACUUCGGGAACCCUUUAAGGAAAUUUAAACUGGUCUUCCUCGGGGAACAAAGUGUGGGAAAGACUUCGUUGAUUACCAGGUUCAUGUAUGACAGCUUUGACAACACAUACCAAGCCACAAUAGGAAUAGAUUUCCUAUCAAAAACCAUGUACCUUGAAGACAGAACAAUCAGGUUGCAGCUGUGGGACACAGCAGGACAAGAGCGCUUUCGCAGCCUCAUCCCAAGUUAUAUUAGAGACUCUGCUGCCGCUGUUGUUGUGUACGACAUCACGAACGUUAACUCUUUCCAGCAAACCACAAAAUGGAUUGAUGACGUUAGAACAGAGAGAGGAAGUGAUGUCAUCAUCAUGUUGGUGGGAAACAAGACAGACCUGGCUGACAAAAGGCAAGUUUCUAUUGAAGAGGGCGAACGGAAAGCCAAAGAACUAAAUGUAAUGUUUAUUGAGACUAGUGCGAAAGCGGGCUACAACGUAAAGCAGCUUUUCCGCCGUGUGGCAGCCGCCCUCCCUGGCAUGGAUACCUCACAAGACAAGAGUCGAGAGGACAUGAUUGACAUAAAACUGGAGAAACCUCCAGAGCAGCCUGCCAGUGAAGGAAGCUGUUCCUGCUAAUGGUUUCGCCUAUAUUAGUGGCUUUUUCGGAAAGCUAUUUCUUCUCUUUUUCUUUCAUUUUUUGUUUUGUUUUGUUUUUAUAAAUAUAUAUGCACCCUUCUAUAUCCACUGCAAGAACACUACAUCUGCUGUCCUCAUUGUUGUGAACACGUGCUCUCAUCCACAGACUCUAAAAUGUACAUAUCACUAAAAAUUUAGUAUUUGCACUGCAUGAAUUGGACAGAAGAGUUUAUACAGUUAAAAUGAGUCUUUCUGCUGACACUCUGUUUAAUCGUUUUUAAAGAGCAAAUAGUGAUUUAAGAGCAGUGAGCCAGUUUGGGGUAUUUUUUGAAAAAAAAUAAAGGAAAUUGUCUUCUGCAAGUCAUCAAAUCAAGGUAUUUCAUAGUGAAAAAUGUUCUUUGACAUUUUUCAUGUUUUGAAGUCAUGUGGUUUGAGUUGAUUUAUUCCAUGCAAAAUCUGUUACCUUUUACCGGUAUAUAUUAUCAUUGAUAAACAUAAACAUCAGCACAUUUAAAUGAGUUAAAUGAACAUCUAUUGGGUUUGAGUUCAGACACGCUUCCUGCAUAAUUAUGGUGCUCUCACAGUCAUAAACAGUAAUCAGCGCUUUAGGUCAAGACCCAGGUUAGUUGUUGUAAAAGGAUUUUUUUUCUCUCACUAUUUGCAAAUUCACACUGACAAGAAAAACCCCAUUACCUUCUGACAUGAGCACGCCAAGGUAUCUCUCCCAUUUACCGUCCUUCUCUUCAUCUUAAUGACCCAUCAAAUGGUUUUUUACCUUUUGCUUUCAUUUUAUUAUGGUUAAUCUUUGCUUUUUGCAUAAACCCUUUCUUUUUAAAGAUUAUAAUUGCGGUGUCAUAGAUGAUUAUUUAAUAGUGUUUAAGGCGGGCAUUUUCUCAACACCCACCUUAAACAGGAUAGAUAUGCAGAUUUAUGCCUUUCAGAGUAUAAGUACGGAGGACUUCUAUGGCUUUGGGUUGGAGUAGAUGAGUUUGGUAAGAACAUUUUUAAAGCUUUGAUUUUUUUUGGGGGGGGGGGUAAUUUUUACUUUGAGCAUUGAUCUGUUGUUAGGGAUUGAUCAACAUGUAUUUAAUUCAUAGUGACUUGAAAUAUUUAUUCUGUUGGAUUCAUGCUUCUUUUAUAUGACUGUUAAUAUCUUCACUUUUGGUAAAAAAAAGUCCCUAAGUCGUUAAUAAAAAUAUGCAUCUCUCUGGACUUUUUUUUUAACUGAAUUUGACCAUCUGCUGUCCCGUCUGCUACUAUUUGGUGGUAUCUUGAUUAUACUGACAAUAUUGUGCAAUUUUUGUGUAAACUUAUGAACGAAAGUACAAUUUGUAUAAUAUGGGUGUCCUUAACGUUUCUGUAUGGAAUGAUUUUUCAAAUGACAGAAUAAAUAUACAAUUUUGGUCACCAUGA